GCCGCCUGCAUGCGCUCGGCCCGACUGCCGUGAGGCGCCUCGGCGGGGCGGUGCCCCUCUCCCCGCCCCUUCCCCCCGGGGCGGAGGGAGAGCCCAGCCCAGCCCAGCCCAGCCCAGCCCGCAGCCUGCCUGCGAGCGCCCGGCGGAGCCAUGCGGGAGUACAAGGUGGUGGUGCUGGGCUCGGGCGGCGUGGGCAAGUCCGCCCUCACCGUGCAGUUCGUGACGGGCUCCUUCAUCGAGAAGUACGACCCCACCAUCGAGGACUUCUACCGCAAGGAGAUCGAGGUGGACUCCUCGCCCUCGGUGCUGGAGAUCCUGGACACGGCGGGCACGGAGCAGUUCGCCUCCAUGCGGGACCUGUACAUCAAGAACGGGCAGGGCUUCAUCCUGGUCUACAGCCUGGUCAACCAGCAGAGCUUCCAGGACAUCAAGCCCAUGCGCGACCAGAUCAUCCGCGUGAAGCGGUACGAGAAGGUGCCCAUGAUCCUGGUGGGCAACAAGGUGGACCUGGAGGGCGAGCGGGAGGUGUCGUACGGGGAAGGCAAAGCGCUGGCCGAGGAGUGGAGCUGCCCCUUCAUGGAGACGUCGGCCAAAAACAAAGCCUCGGUGGACGAGCUCUUUGCCGAGAUCGUGCGGCAGAUGAACUACGCCUCGCAGCCCAACGGGGACGACCAGUGCUGCUCGGCCUGUGUCAUCCUCUGAGGGGCGGCCGGCCGGGAGGGUUUGCAGGGGGAAGCGGCGGGCGACCCUCCGGGGCGAGACUGGAGGCAACUUUGCAGAGGCCGGGAGGGCCCCGGGGCGGGGGGAGCCGCCUCUCCACGUCUGCAAGCAGGCUAGGGGGAAACGCGGCUUUCUCGGGCGGACGCGGGGAUCGCUGCCUGCUUCUCCUAAUACCUCCGGCAGCUGGCUGUGCUGGCAAGUGACACCAGGAAGAAAAGUUUCAGCACGCGGAGAGGGAAGUUUCCGAGCGAUCGCUUUCUAACUGGAAGAGUGAAAUGCACCCCGGGAAGUUGGGGGAGCAGAAGGGAGGGGGGAGCGAUCUCUCCGGCUCGGAUUCCUGCUCCCCUGCUCUGGCCCGGCUGGAUUUGCCCCCUGCGACUGUGAGAGUGAUCCUGAGGCUUUCUAUGCAAAGUUGGAUGAUUGUUACAGUGUAUCCAAUCUGAAGUAUUGCACAUCUGAACUGGACUUGAAUAACACUGAUGCCAAUACAGUGUGGGGUGCCAGAAAGUGUCUGCUGAUUAUUUGUGAAAUAAUCUUCUAUUUUGUUUACCUGCUGUAUGGGAUGGGAGUUUGGGGGAGAGCGGUAGAGGUUUUUUAUUUUGGUUUGGUUUUUUAAUUUUUUUUUUUUUUAAUCAGCUGUGAAAAUGUUACAAAUCUGCACAUUUUUUUGAGUUGUGUGUAUGUAUGUGUUUUUUUUUUUUCUCCCCGGGGUGGAGUGGUGAUGGUUUUUAUUCUUUCUUUUUCUUUUUUGGGUUGGCAAUAACUGAUUUUGAUGACUAGCUCUCUAAGUACAAAGACUUCCUAAAUGUGAUACAGGGCCAACAGCAACCCUGUGUCUAUAGAGUGCCUUCAAAACUCAGCUGUUCCAGCCGGUGCCAACCUGUGAAAGCUCCACAGAAUCCCAUUAUCUACUACUCCAAAAACUACUUAAUAGUUUCCUUUCAGUAAUCAUAUUCAACAAGCCAGGACAAAAGGGCCUAUUGUUAGAGGAAUUUAUUUUUUAUUUCCAUUUGAGCCUUUUAAAUGUAACUUCCAUGUCUUGCAAGUUUUGGCUUCAUUUAAUUCAAAUUUACUGGAAUUUUAAUUUCCCGGGCUUUUUUUUCUCCUUGUUUUUAGGAUGUACCUCCAGCCAGCAAAGAGUGAAAUCUUAAUGUUGUGAUGUAUCAAAAAAAUUCUAAUGACUGUAUCUUUAAUUUCAGACACACAAUUAAUAGAUGUCUACCCAUUUUAAGACUUUUAAUACAAA